AUAAAGUGCAAACCCUAAAUAUGCAAACAAGAAGGAAGCUCUAGGGUUUGCGGCUAGUUGCAGAGGAAGCUAGACACAAACACACACAGAGAGCUCCACCUUCAUCACCGUCACCAUGGGUCGUAUGCACAGUCGAGGUAAGGGUAUUUCAGCUUCAGCCCUGCCUUACAAGAGAACCUCACCGAGCUGGCUGAAAAUUUCAGCACAAGAUGUUGAUGAUAGCAUCUGCAAGUUUGCGAAGAAGGGUUUGACUCCAUCUCAGAUUGGUGUCAUACUUCGUGACUCUCAUGGUAUUGCUCAGGUCAGGAGUGUUACUGGAAACCAGAUCUUGCGUAUCCUUAAGGCUCAUGGUCUUGCCCCUGAAAUUCCUGAGGAUUUGUACCACCUCAUCAAGAAGGCUGUUGCCAUCAGGAAACAUUUGGAAAGGAACAGGAAGGACAAGGAUUCCAAGUUCAGGUUGAUCCUUGUUGAGAGCAGGAUUCACAGGCUGGCUCGCUACUACAAGAAGACAAAGAAGCUUGCUCCUGUCUGGAAAUACGAAUCAAGCACUGCCAGCACUCUGGUGGCUUAGGCUAGUUAUGUUAUGCGGCACAGUUUUGGGACAUCCUGCAUAGUUGUUCUUCACGUGUGGAACUCUGGCAUGGUUUCAUAAGCAUUAGGAGAUCAUUUUAACUGGGAAAAAAGGAUGUAGUGGAUCCUAGAUUUCAAUUUUUUCUUUAAAUUUUUGUUUUGGCCUUGAGCUUUUGUACUCCAUUUUAACUUUUUUCUAUACUGUUUGUUUUGAGCUAUAAAAUUUGCAACUUUAGACCUA